CCUAUCAGCACUAUGGAUUCAAAACCGGUGAAGAACGCCCGUGCGGUCAACUUGUCGAGUGCGUGGCGGGUGCCGACUGGGAUCACCGUCACAACAACAACAACAACACGACGGCGACAAGAAUUACAACAACAAUAACUACUAGUCCUAGUUUAGAACUCUUAUCUGUGUUGAUUACAAUGACGAACGUGCCGACGCAGUCAAGGCUGCCCGUGUUGUGCUGCAGGAACGCCGCGCCAAACAAGAAGAGGCUCAUCUCCGAGCAGGCCAAAGGUGAGAUACUACCUGAUAUCACAAACAAGAAAAAACGGUGGGACGUCAACACUCCAGCUGUACCCAAGGUUCAGGCCGCAAUAAAUAAAUCUGUCGACAAAAGUAAACUCGCCAAACCCAAGCCACCCGUGUUCGACACGGCCAUGCCCGCAUCCUUCUUGUUUACAAAGUCUGGCUUGCAGAUGGGAGUCAAGUUCAACACCCGUGCUCAGAGUACUACAGUUUCCAAGAAUCCAAAGAAGUUGAAAUAUAGUUCACGGAGUGCCGCUGCCUUUGGUAUAUCAGCAUUGGUGAAGUCUGAGGCUGCACUCUUUGAAAAAACUGACCAGCAAAGUGCCACAAUUGAAGCAUUGGAAGGAGAAAUCAUUCAAUACCGGGCAGGGGUGCUAAAACUUUCAGAAAACGUCGAUCACCUGGAAAAGGAAAAUCGUGAUUGCAACAGGAAGCUCUAUGAAUACAGGGAGUUCCUCAAAAUAUUCCAUUUGGAUCCAGAGUCAGGCAAGCCAAUUGUUAAAGCCAUUUUGGGGAAAGAUCUGGACACUAACUCACGGAAAAACUGUAGAGAAGUCGUAUUACAACAAAGAAGAUUGAAUGAAAGACCAGAAACCACUAUUACAUCUCUGCAAGCAAUAUGUGACCAGGCGCAGUCAAUGAUGUCAGCUACAGCCAAGAUACACGAAGACCACAUGGCUGCUAUGAAGAAUUUCAUGGCAAAAAUGGAAAUGCUACAGCAAGAGGUCAAUUCAGAUAACGGCAUAUUAUAAAACGGUGCUGCUUCGUUGUCACUUUGUUGUAGCUGAACACAUGUUUGUUGUAGGUCCUUUAAAACAUUUCACUUGAAGCAGAUGAAAAGGAUCGCCUGUUGUGGAAUGUCAUUGUUAAUUUGGGGUUUUGAUUAAAUAAAAUGCCAAGAAAGGUUUUGCACGACACCUGCUAUCCUGGGUUCAAAGUAUGAUGCGGUUUAGGUAUUCUUGCAAAAUUUUUAGAUUUAAAGAUUAAUGCAUACAGUUUAUUUUAUGUUAUCACUGAAGUUUCAUUUAUUAAUUUACAGAUUUGUUGAACUGCAUCAAUUGCAUAUCAAUUGGCCAUAAACAAAACCCAAUAUUUAUCUUAUUUGGGUAGAUAGGUUUAAAGAAAAUAACAAAAAACUACGACGUUUCGAUCGCACACAAGCGGUCGUCUUCAGGAAAAGGGGGGUUAGCUUCCAAAGGCAAACGAAGGGUUUGAAAUGGGCGUAGCCCAAAUGUCAGCAGCCAAUGUUAAUGUAAGUGGUGGGCAGCCAACCCAACGGUAGUUGGUUUUCCACCAAUCAAAGGGCUGCCAGGUGAAAAUUCGCAUGUUAAUGAGAGAUUAGCAUGUUAAUGGCAAUCUACUCGCGAAGUGGACGUUGGUGUGAAGCUUGUGAAAUGGGCAUAAAGCACAACUAACAUAGGAAGGUGAUAGGAUGGGAACAUAGCCAGUUAAUGAGCCUAAUUCUCACUGAUAUUUGAAUGGCAAUAUCUUCAAUUGAUGUGUGAAACACUUGUAUGUAAUUGAGUUUAAGAUAAGGUCGCGUGAAGGGAUCUUGGAGGUAGCUCUGUGUGAUGUGUGUCCAUGGGCUGUUUUCUCAUGAAUAGUCGCAAUACUCCGAGGCCAACGAAUGUAUGCUGCCUCCUGAUAAUGGUAGCACAAUAAGGAUAGAAUUUGUGUAAAUGAAUGCAUUCUAUGAAUUAUACAGUAUUUUUGUGUAGCAAGUUUCAGAAAGGCCACGUAGGCAAAUGUGAUCGGUACAAUGACUUCAGCAUCUCAUUGAAAAUUAAGUAGUGUAACCAUGAAUGACACUUCACAUUCUCGUUGUAAAUUGAUGCUCACUCCAACUUCCGCAGCUAUGGUAUUUUGCAAGUGCUUGUGUAUAAAGCAUCUGUCGAGGAACAAGUGUGUUUUAAACCUCGACAUUAUGUACGUGCAAGAUUUGUUCUUGAUUAAAUGUCUGAAGCAGUGUGUAAUUGUGUAUCAUAAUGUAUAUUCGCUCUAUUUAAGCCUGUACUCUUUGGUUAUUUCGGUAAAGUCACGUCGGUAGAAAAAUGAACAAGAACCAAAGAGUAUGGAUUCCUGCAGUCACGAACGCUUCAAAUCAAGAUAUAUGUUUAAGCCUGUAUCAAAAGCAAAUAAAGUUAUUGGUGUUAAUGGCUUGUAAGUACAGCGUAAUGUUUUACUUAUUUACCUUAAUAUACCUUUCCUUUACUCAGAAAAACCCAUACCAAACCAUAUAAAAUGUUGAUGAAAUUCAGUGUACGUACAAAUAUUAAUUCAAUGCUAAGUUUUUACAUACAAAAAUACCAUACUUGUUAUGGUAAAAGGACCAGGGAAGGCACCAACUACUAUGGGGGGCACUCCUGUACUGUUAAAUUAAUUGUACAAAUAAUUUAAUACGUGAUAACAUGUCCAAUUUUAGUGUGAGUGGUUGAUUCAGCAGUGCUUUAGUGAAAGGUGUUGCAUAGUGAAUAGACCUAUCAGGACAAUGUAACGAGUUACAUGUCACGCGUGUAAAAUGUUUAGGAUAGCCCGCACCUCCGUAUACCGCGCAGGGUCUUGUUUUGUUUGUAACAAGUGGUCUACCCCGCGGGUUAUAUGCGGGAAGAUAGGGUAAAUGUAUAUCUGAUGUGUCAAUGGACAACGUGUAGUGAUUGAAAACCUUUAGGCACAAGUGUCAGGCUGUCGGCCAGUGGCGAAUGCAGAAUUAGAUACCCAAAAGCCAUCGAACGAUUCGAAAUCUCAUAACUAUGAAUUUUCACGAUUUGAUUCACUAACUCAUUCGUUCUUGUUUUUACGAUCUCAUGUACAGUCCCGUUUUCAUUGUGUAGUAUAUUUAAAUUGCUGUAUUAUCUGUAUUGAAACGAUACAGCCGGUACACCAUCAUCCCGUGUCCACGGCAGAGAUACAGAGACCCGUUCUUUUCGCGAGAACAAAUUGCGUGAUGCGAAUUGUUUCAGGAUCGACAGCGUGGACCAACUCAUAGGCUUCAUACAUCAUGCCCAGCAAUCAGAAUCAGAC